UUCAACUUAAACACUCUCAUCUUACACUUUCAACCAAUAACAGAACCAUCAUGUGGCACCUAAUCCGUAGAAUCGCACCAAAUCUCCGUUGCAAACCAUUUAUCGGAUCCAGUAAUUCGGAUCCUGCCCGGACCCGACAUUAUUACACCUCCGUCGUCGCUCCACGUCAAAGCGGAGCCUCCACCGGCCUCUACGGCUUCGAUCAUCUGAAAUCUCCCAAUGGCUUUCAACGCUUCGUCGACGAAGCCAUCGAAAGGUCUACGGAGCUUGUUUCAUACAUCUCAGCCAUGCCUGAGUCCUCCGAAAUCAUCCGAGCUAUGGAUGAAAUUUCCGAUACGGUUUGUUCGGUGGUUGACUCGGCGGAGCUUUGUAGAAAUACUCAUCCAGACAGGGAGUUCGUCGAGGAGGCUAACAAGGCAUCAAUGAGAAUCAAUGAGUAUCUACAUUAUCUAAAUACAAAUCAUACUCUGUAUGAUGCAGUCAGAAAAGCUGAGCAAGAGAAUCAUCUGCUUACGGAAGAAGCUCAAAGGGCAGCCCAUUACCUACGUGUUGACUUUGAGAGGGGUGGAAUCCAUCUUUCUGCUGAUAAAUUAGAUCGGGUGAAUCAGCUAAAUAUAGAAAUAUCUCAGUUGUGCAGGGAGUUCAAUGAAAAUAUUAUCAUUGACCCAGGUUCUGUGGAUAUAUUUCCUUCCUCGCGCAUGCCUAAAAGUGUGCACCAUCUCCUCAAGCCCAUCUACCGUUCCACACCUGGUAUAUUAAGGGAAACAGUGUUGCCAAGGGACACCAUGAAAGAGAAGGGAUUUCGAAUAACUACAGACCCACAGAAUUUAUCUUCUGUUCUGCAACAUGUAUCAGAUGAUGAGGUUAGAAAAAUGGCAUAUAUCCAAGGAAACUCUGUCCCAGUUGCAAACCUUGGCAUUCUUGAUAAGCUUAUAGCUACCCGCCAUGAGCUAGCUCAGAUAAUGGGGUACAGAUCUUAUGCUGAGUUUACCAUGAAGCCUAACAUGGCUUCAUCACCAGCGGUUGUGAUGUCCUUUUUGCAUGAGAUUGGUAAGAUGGUCCGGCCCAGAGCUGAUGAGGAGUUUAGGAAAAUUAGGGAUUUUAAAAGAGAAAAAAGUGGAAGAGAAUCUGGAGAUUUGGAGCCAUGGGAUGAAGCAUACUACACAGCAUUGAUGAAAUCUUCCACCUAUAACUUGGAUUCUUCUGUUGUAGCUUCAUAUUUUCCUUUGCCACAAUGUAUAGAGGGUUUGAAAGUAAUGGUGGAGUCAUUGUUUGGUGCAACAUUUCAUAGCAUUCCCCUGGCACCAGGUGAAUCAUGGCAUGAAGAUGUGCUUAAACUGUCUCUUCAUCAUCCUGAAGAGGGUGACUUGGGGUAUCUGUACCUUGAUUUGUAUUCAAGGAAGGGGAAAUAUCCAGGUUUUGCUCAUUUUGCAAUCAAAGGGGGCCGCAGGAUUUCUGAAACAGAGUAUCAACUUCCCGUUGUAGCACUUGUUUGCAAUUUUUCUGGUUCACGCAAUUCAUCAACUGCGAGGCUUAACCAUUGGGAACUAGAAACUCUUUUUCAUGAGUUUGGACAUGCUCUUCAUUCAUUACUCUCACGAACGGAUUACCAGCAUUUUUCUGGUACCAGGGUGGUUCUUGAUUUAGCUGAAACACCUUCAAAUCUCUUUGAGUACUUUGCAUGGGAUUAUCGAGUCUUGAAGACAUUUGCUAGACAUUAUUCAACUGGUGAAAUAAUUCCUGAGAAAUUGGUCAAGUCAAUGCAGGGUGCCAGAAAGAUGUUUGCUGCAACUGAAUUGCAACGUCAGAUUUUCUAUGCCCUAAUUGAUCAGACACUUUUUGGGGAACAGCCAGCUACUCCAAGAGAUACAAGUUCUAUUGUUGCAGAUCUGAAAAGACAAUAUACUAGUUGGAACCAUGUGGAGGGCACACAUUGGCAGACUCGAUUCAAUCACCUCCUGAAUUAUGGUGCAGGUUAUUAUAGCUACUUGUAUGCCAAAUGUUUUGCUGCCACCAUAUGGCAGAAGCUGUGCCGGGAGGAUCCAUUAUCUUUAACCACAGGGACUGCUCUAAGAACAAUUCUAUUACAGCAUGGGGGAGCCAGAGAACCAGCUAGUUUGUUGAAUGGUCUUGUAGGAGAAGGUAUUUUAAGGCAUUGCAAUGGAGGAAUUGUUCCUGACAUAACGAGUCUUUGUGAGGAGAUGAAACUGGGUGAAAAUAUUUAAGAGCAGCUCCCCUGUCACUGCAUGGAUUUCAAAAUUGAAAAAUCAACCAGUGAUGAUGAACUAAACAGAGGAAAAAGGAAGGAAAGGUGGAAAGAAGGGGUUGUGAGGGGGAGAGGUUGGAGGUACAAAGCAGCUGCUCGGAUGUGGAGUGAUGGUGAUUUCUGUAAAGAUGUCGCCAGGAGUUGCUUCAUGGUGACAUCCCUGAUCAAAUUGAGCAAGGGAAACAAUUUUCUAGCAAAAUGCUUGACUAUGUGCGGAGACUCAGACUAAUUCUUUGUCUAAAAGGAAUGUGUCUAAGUUUAAUUCUUUUGAGGCUAGAAACAGAAGGGCUGCUGUGUUAGUGAUUGUAUGUACAAUAUUUUAUUUUUUGGGUAAUUAAAGGCCUGCUUGGUAAGAAA